CGUCAGGAGAAGAGACGUAGUGCGACGCCUUCACCGUACCUGAACGGAAUCGGAGCUGGCGAUGCCUGGAUUUGAUUUUCCAGCUAUUUUUCGUACUUAAGCUGUGAAUGGCGCCUAAACAGGACCCUAAACCUAAAUUUCAAGAAGAAACAGGUUUCAGAUAAAUUAAAGACUGUUGGUUAGUCCCAUGGACAAGCAAGUGAAGGUGAACGAGUGCUGUGUUUUCAUGGGCCGCUGCUAUACGAAGCUAAGUGUGUAAAAAUCAGUAUCAAGGACAAGCAAGUCAAAUACUUCAUUCAUUAUAGUGGAUGGAAUAAAAACUGGGACGAAUGGGUUCCUGAAAGCCGUGUACUCAAAUAUGUGGACAGCAAUUUGCAGAAACAGAAAGAGCUUCAAAAGGCAAAUCAAGACCAUUAUGUUGAGGGAAGGAUGAGGGGGGUUGCACCAAACAAGAAGAUAGCUGCUGUGCAGCAAAAAAAUGUUGAUGUGAAAACAAAAAAGAACAAACAAAAAACACCAGGAGCUGGAGAAGGGACCAGCACUGGAGAACUUCCUCACCCUCCACGCAAGAAGAGGGCACGUGUUGACCCAACUGUGGAGAGUGAGGAGACUUUUAUCAAUCGUGUGGAAGUAAAGGUGAAGAUACCUGAGGAGUUAAAGCCAUGGCUGGUCGAUGACUGGGACCUGAUCACUAGACAAAAGCAGCUAUUCCACCUGCCUGGAAAGAAGAAUGUAGACACGAUAUUGGAGGACUACGCAAGUUACAAGAAAUCAAGAGGAACCUCUGAUAACAAGGAAUAUGCUGUGAAUGAAGUGGUUGCUGGCAUCCGCGAGUAUUUCAACGUUAUGUUGGGCACGCAGCUCCUCUACAAGUUUGAGAGGCCGCAGUACGCAGAGAUCCUAGCUAACCAUCCGGACACGUCGAUGUCUCAGAUUUAUGGGGCACCACACCUGCUGAGGCUUUUUGUGAGGAUUGGGGCUAUGUUGGCGUACACACCUCUGGAUGAGAAAAGCCUUGCUCUGCUGCUCAGCUACCUGCAAGAUUUCUUAAAGUAUUUGGUAAAGAAUUCAUCGUCUCUCUUCAACGCCAGUGAUUAUGAGGUUGCACCGCCAGAGUACCACCGGAAGGCUGUGUGAACACCAAGCCGAUGAUUAUCUGUGGUGCUGAAAUUUCAUUACUGAAUAUUUUUUAUUUGUUUCUUUUAAAACCCCCUUUCAAAGGGAAAACCCAAAAUCCAAUGAAAGCCCUAGAACAGUUUGGUUUGACUGGAAGGUGAAUCAAGACUGAUAUAACAGCCUACUGUACAGGACUGGUACUAAGGCUUAUUGGAAUGCUGCUCACUGUCCCCAUGUUGUUGAAAUAUAUUUUGGUUCGGAAAACACUGAUACUGUGUGGGUAAAGCAGAAUCAAGGUAAAUACUGCAGAAUUUUUUUUUGUUUGUUUUGUUUUUAAAAAUAUAUAUAUAUAUAGUAUGUUUGUUAAUAAAUUUUCCUUCUCAAA